UCAUGUUUCGUUUCCGGUCCCUGUGUUGGACGUUGGUCGGAUGCGAGAAUGAGUUAUCGGCCGAACCAAGGUUUAUAUCGCACGUUAGAUUUGGUAACACCCGCCACAAGAGUAUGGGGUAUUCUGACCGCGAUAGUGUAUUGGGGAAUUGGCGCUGAUCUCGCCUUUCACGGCUUCGAUCUCGGCAUCUACAUUUUAAUAUCCGCCGUUCUCAUCACGCUCUUAGAAACGGCCUUUGCUGUCGAUCUGUUUCUCGAAGUGUGCGUAAGGGAAGAGAGAGGCUGCUGUUUUCGCCUCUGGAGAGGCAUUCGAUGGGUCGACUUAUGGCGAAAGAGCAUCCUGUACACCGGCAUGUCCGCCUUGUGUUUCUGGUAUCCGUGCAAUGUGUGGCUCGCCAUCCUCGCAGGUGUUAUGACACUAGUAUUGUGCGUUUUGUACCUCAUCCUAACCUACAAGAACCACCUUGAGGUGAAAGAAGCUCUACUAGCCGACAAGGAAGCUUCAUACGACAGGUUUGAAGACUUUCAAGAAGAAGUCGACGUCGACGACACUCUCCCAGAACCGGACGUAGGCACGGUGGGUGACCAGGACCGCAUCUUGCAAGUGUGAUCACCAUUUGGGUGGCAGCAGGCAGCACUAGGACAGUCGUAAACAAAAUGUGCCUAAGCAAGGAUGGGCCCCCCCGUCAAGACAGCAUCCCACGUCCAGACAUGUCGUGGCAGAGACCCGAGGAAAGCGGCUUCUCUCCUGCCGAGAGAGCAGGGACACCACACCGUCUUUUAUCGCACUCAAAGAGUUUCAACUGCAGUUGUGCGUGGGCUGGAAUCUCCUGUGCUCUGACCUCGCUGAGAACAGCCUCCAGCGGUAUUAGCGCUGCAUAAAAGCGUGCCGCUGUACUUUUGUAGAGUAGCGGUCUCUCAUCUUAAGGUCGUGCAGCUGUUGCUGGCACUGUAUUUAGAGCCCACGUCUCUUGCCUAGAUUGUUUUUUUCGGUUGUUCCUUUGGUAGAGAAUUACGAGCACUUUGGGAGUUUGCACUGCCUCUUGUGGAUUUAUUUCUCUUUUUUUUUUUUUAGACUGAAUUUGAGGAUAGUUUGCAUACAUGGUUCAUGGUGCAGUUUGAAGUAUUAUAAUUUUUGCAAGUAAUUAACCUGCCAAGUUUUUUUUUUAUUGUUGUUUACACGUUUUGUGAUACAACAGUUAAGGUUAUUUCUUUUUUGUUCAGUAGCCUAGCUACCCUUUAUGUACUUAGAUGGUUGAUACAGAAAUAAUGAGGCUCUAAAAAAAGUUUUCAAUGUUGAAGGUGAAGCGUAUAUAUCACAAAACGUUACUGUCAUGUCAUUUGGAUGAUUCCGACCGUACGCUGUGCAGAGUAUAAAAUGCAGAGCUCAAAGAACGAAGCUGCGGUCUUGAAAAGUUGCAUCAUGUGCAACAAGUCCAAAAGAAGAUAUGUGUGAUAGUUGUAAGUCUAGUAGUAAUUUGAAGGAACCUGUCGUUCCAAUUUACUGUUGCGAACAAUGUAGUGAUAUGUGAUCAUUUGAUAGUUAAAAAAACAUUUUCUUGGACCUUCUCCAUGUGAAGCAAUCUUAUUAUCAAUGUUUAGGUUGACGACAGAAUACUAGACACGCAAUGUGAUAGCAAGAAUGUAGAGCCUGGUGGCCAACCUGUUUAUUUGUUGUGAAUCGGGUUAUUGGAGUAGAGUGUUAUCUCACAAGCUGAUACACUUGGGUGUGGUGGGUUAUAAAGAUUAGCGCCGGAUGUACAGGCUGUAUUCUUUUUAUUUAUCAAAUGUUUCAAGUGAUGGCCUUUUCGGUGGGUGAUUUUAAUGAACUGGGCUAGAUCUGUGUGUGCUUUGAAGAUUAUAGGCUUCCCUGCAAUAGGGCUUCCCUCUUCUUCGUGCAUGGUGUGUAAUGUUAACUGCACUAAGUCCAAAAAAUUAAUCUCGUAUUGGGGCUGUGAGAACUGACAGUCUCGUUCAUAUAUUUUGUAGCUUUUAGGCAUCUGCAUUUAACUCUCGCAUACAUGCUGGCGUGAAACUCCAAUUUCUCAUCCCAUUUGGGUAUUUGAAAUAUGGGCCUUGUAACAAGGUUUCAGCUUUUUAUACAGAGCCAGUCAGUCUUUCUUUGUUGUAUUCUAUGGCUCUCAAGGCAGCUUUCAGGGUUUUUACAAGUGUGCUAUUCUUGCUUUUUCUGCUCCCGGUGAAUGAAUGUGCCUUUAAGAGUGUUAAAAUUGGCAGCUGUACCAAAAAUAUGAGUGGAUUCAUGUCAUCAGAGCUGUUGCAUAUUGACACAUGUUUUAGAGGGAAGAGAGUAGGUAGUGGUUUGAGCCCCUUUUGGGUUUGCACACUAGUAGACGAAAUGUUCCUGACAAAGGUUAUCAUAGGGUCCGUCCUGAUUGUACUUAGAUCUGUACAUAAGGUGUGUGCUACGUGUGCGGGGAAAAAAAAUCUCAUAUAUUCAAGUAUAUGCUAUUAUCUCAGUCUCUCCUUUUUCUUUUCUUGUAACUGCCUAGAAACAACUUGCUCCUCAGCUAUUGCCAAGAUGGUUCUCAUUGUGCUAGUUCAUCUUCAACAUAUUUCUAUAUGUAUAACUUCAUAUUAGAUCUGCACUAAACAGGACUUGAGACCUGUAUUGAUAAUCUUUUUUUUAUGUACAGCAAACUUUUUAUGUUUGACUUAUCUUCAAACUUGUGAAUCUGAUUGACAUUCUUGGAAGCAAUUCAGUUUAUUGUUGCCAUAGCCUUUCUGACCAAACUCCUCUAUUUGUCGGAUCGUCAGUUUCGGCCAUUUGCCAGCUUCGGUGAAGGCCGUUGUGGCUAUAAAAUCUCAAUAACAGUGCUAGCUAGCUUUACUUUUUGUUUAGCUUUUCCUGUCAGAAAGCAUUUUUUAAAGGAAAGCAUUUCUUGCUCCAUAGAGUCUUUAUUUUUUUAUUUCAAUUUUCAAUGGCUUUAGGACAUGAGCAUGGCAGUGCAAAACAGAAAAGAUGUAACUGUAAGGUCAGAUUCUUGAACUGGUAUGUGAGAGCGAUGGAGACAAGAUGACCGCAGUUACAGCGUGCAUUGUUUAUAAUGGACGAGUGGUCCAGUCUUAAGACCACCAUGGGCGAGUCAGUACCAGUACCUCCAGGAUUCACGUCCGGAAUAAUUUCUAAUGGUAUUGCCGAAUAUGGUUCCCAUUUAUGGUUAGUUCCAUUGCUAUGAGCUGUGUAAGGAGUUCUAUUAAACUCCCAGCACAGGACAGUGACACCUGUGCAGAGAUGGGUGGACCACCCAAUAGGCAAAAUAGACAACUGUCUAUACUCUGCGACAACUUUUCUUGGCAAUGCAGUGGAAGGUAGAGGCCCGCAUCCCCUCUCCCAUUUUGAGUGUGCGCGGGCUCUCCUCCUCUCCCCGGAAAUGGGGGAGGAGGAGAGCCUGCGUACACUCAAAAUGGGAGAGGGGACGCGGGCCUCUACCUUUCACUGCAUUGCCAAGAAAAGUUGUCGCAGAGUAUAGGGCAGCAGGGAAGGGGAAAGGCACUUUGGUUCUUCCAACACCAGCUGUCAUUAUGUAUUGUGAACACGUGCAUUGGCGUAGAGAUUUCGGUACCCGUUGUAUCGUGCUAUCCUGAUGGAGCAGUCCCAUCCCUCCGGCUCUCUUUAUAACUACAGUUGGGGAUGUCAGAAAUAAAUUGAGAACCAGGAUUGAGUGGCACCAGGGAAACUCCCCAAGGCUGCAUAAUGCUAAGGCUGCCUCUGAGAAUACUGGGCAGAAAAAGGCUACUACAUGGCAGAAGCAAAGCGUGUUCUUGCUCGAUUGUGCUCGCGUCUAAAAAAGCUUUUAAUUUUUUAGAAUUUCUUUUUAAAGUAUAUUUACAAUAACUUUAUUGUUCCAUUACCAAGAAGCAGUGACUGCAAUCUCUUGGGUGUGUUCUCAAUCCGUAGCACGGCCAGUGUCCUCGGACCUCCGUUAAAGUAAAACACUCCUAGGCGGAUUUGAAAAUUGCAUUAUUUUUGGAUUCACAUCACACCCCAGUUGCUUAGGGAAGAAAGCUGACAAAAAUAAGUUCUGUCGGGAUGUUAUUUGCGACCCCUGUUCACAAAACGGGGGUUGUUGUAAAGCUUAGUAAAUUUUGUCGCAAAAACUUACUUGAGCUUUGUACUUCAAUAGUCGUGCUCCGUCCAAGUUCCCAUCUAAAGGGUGGGCGUGAAUCGGGGCGAAAAUUGAUUCAUCCUUUCCAUCUGGCAUGUGUUUGUUCGUUGUUGACAUGCCAGACUUCCAAAACUCCUAUCGAGUCCACCGUUUUGUGCUGUUACUACAAUUCAUUAAAGCUACUAUGCAACAUAGGCCACCAGCCGCAUAAUGUUACCACAUCUGCCCGACAAGCACUUCAAAUGUUUUUGUCAAAAUUUAAUAAGCUGUGGUCGACUACAGAUAGCAGAUGCAAAUUGCCACUUGCCAUUCUCUCUUGACUUAAGUGAAAACUCCUAGCAAAGGCCUGUGCUUUGGCAGUUUAUUGCACAAGCACUCAUGUCGUAGUCAAACGAGUAUUCAUAGUCUUUGCUCUGUUGUAAAAUGGCUAUUAAGUAAAAUUGUGAUCUAGUUUAUUAUGCUUAACCUUGGAGCUCUGUUUAUGUGUGGGAAAACUUGCAGCUUAUGUUUGUGUUCUCUUUGUGGAAUUUCAUAGCUUUAUCCUUACUAUGGUUGAAAGAUUUUGGAGUAGUGCUUGGUUCAAGUAGUUAUAUAAAUGUAUGCUUUGGAAGUUAUUUGUAAGCCUAGCUUUUUGGCUGUGGUGCACAUAGUAGGGCGCUGCAUUUUUUUAUGCCACUAUAAUAAACACUCAGAUUUCCUUAACUUUUACUCGGCAAGAUGACGACCAUCAUCUUUCUUGUCCCGCAGUUCUGAUCCGUUCUUUGUUUAGUUCUUUUUUUCCCCCCUAUAUUCAAUCUUUUCCCUGUAAGGAGUCAUUAAAGUGCCAUUGACAAGGUGUUUACGCAUGCCUAGAUUUUCACAGAAACGCAGCCUAUGAGGGCUCUACAUUCGAGACAAAAUAUUUGGAAACUUGAAGCUAAGUAUUUUUUUGCACGAAAACCGCCGAUUGAGAGCCGGCCGCUCGGUGUCUUUGAGCGUGGUUAUUGUAUGAAGUCUUUGAAAACUGGAAAAAAAUUUAAGAUGAAACGCUAAGCAUCUAGCGAACAAAGGUGUCGCUACAUAUGCUCUCCCAAAAUGUGACAAUGCUGUGAUUAUUGAAAAUAUAAUAAAUAAAGAUAGGUUUGUUCUCAUCUCAUGAAAAUCUUUGGAGACAGAACUUCGAAAGGAGCCAAUGCUUCGACCGCAUUGAAUAAGGACUUCGGAAAACCAAAUUCAUGGCUAAGAAUAAACUAAAAAAGUACCCUACAAUUUUAGAGCGCAGCUCUUAGGCGCCCAUUUCCGGCUGGAGCGGCGUCGCCGUCGCCAUCAGCGUAAUUGCGCGGUGCAUUAUGAGAAAUGUCCAACAAUGCAACGCGUGGGACUUGUGACGUCACGAGGGUCCCCCACGGUGCAUUAUGAGACAUUUCUUAUGAUGCAAUGCGCAGGGAGGAGUAGGAUUAGGAAGAGGGGAAGGGGAGGAAGAGGAAGGACAGGUAUACCCUACUCUCAGUACCCUUCCCUCCUCCUCAAGAGCUGCGUUCUUAAUUCGGCAUUACAGGGGGUUGGAAACAUCUUUUUUCUUUCCUUUUUAAUGAAUUUUGAAAGUGCAGUAUGUUGGCUGUAGAUUUAGUCACUAUACUCAUACCUGUGUUGUAUAACUAAAAGUAAAAUCAAUGUCUAAGAGCUUGAGCCGAGCACAGCUUUGUUCUAGGAUGCACUGCAGCAAAAUUGAGAAACCUGAACUCAUAACUUUACGAGUUGCUCCUACUGCGCAAGAGUUUCUGCAACCAAAGUGUGCCCUUGAGCAAGGUGUUUGCGCUCGUAACCUUAGCUGCAGUGCACCUUGAAGUGCAGCUGAGUAUAGCAAAGACCAAAGGAGGCAUGUGGGCUGUAGUUUAGCGUUCCAAUGACCCCGAACUAGCUGUUGCUGCUCUUACGUUGCCUCACCUAUAGUAGUUGCCCGUAGAGUGCAAAAAAACUAGCAAGCACAUGUGGUUUUUGUUUUUUGGUCAUUGAAUGUGUUUAUACGAAUCUGAUUGUCGUGCAUUGAGUCAAGAUUUGACAAGAAUGAUUGGGUAAAAGGAGAGGAUUGGGUGCAUGGGAUUGGCCCUCUCUCGGUUCAAUGCGCUUCGGUCACAUUCAUGUAAAUGUAGCCAUAGUUCUGAAUGUGGAGUGCAAUGUUUAUGAACAUAUAAUCUAGUUAAACAGUUGCUGGAUUGCUUCAAAGCAUGUACUGCACUCUUUUACGCUUGCUGCUUGCAUCAGUUUCUCAUGCUGCAGAUGCGUGGCAUUGGGCAGUUGCCACUAAUUUAAGUUUAAGACUGCAGCAUUAUGCAGGUUUGGGGUUUUCUAUUGGAGAGCACUAAAUGCUCCAAGGCACCAUCUCGUGUUUUGCCUGGACCUGAGGUGCAAUGAGCUGCUGUGACUACUCGUGUGUAUGUGCUUCCUUCCUCACUUGCUCGGCUUCAAUUGUACAUCGGGCAUUCGUGUUCGAGUGCCAAAUUUAGUUUCCCUUGUUUGCAACUUGAAAACUAGAGGCACGUGGAGAUGCCACCGUCUAGAUGUCAUUUCUUCCCAGGGAAAGCUUCUAUCGAUGUGCAUAGGUAACAAAUGAAAAGUGUCGGUUGUUUCUAGGCAGCUAGCAUUGGCAGUGCAACACUGCACAGUCCGCCAUGUGUUCCACCACAAGAUGUCAAAGGUGGGAGGAAAACGGAAAGAAUUGUUCUAACUCAAAGGAAAACCAUGCAUUGUCAUAACUCAAGUGCAAUGUUGUGGAAGAUGCUGGCACGCAUUGCUCUACCCGUUUCAUUUGCACAAGCACUUGUUCUAAUGAAGUCCUAGAUGAUGUUAUGCACUCGUGCCUGCAGCUUUUACGACCAUAGUGAUUGAUCUUGGUAGAACCCUCGAGGCAUUCCGGUUGCUAUUGGUGUAUUGUGAUGGAGAGCGACUCAUAACGUAAAGCGUUGUCUUGUACUUGUGUGCAGAAUUCGUCUUUGGUUUUGUUGCACAUAUCAGAUGACGAGGAGUGGGACUGAGAGACGCAAGACCGCAGAUUUCCUUCUCACGGGUCUUUUCAUCUACCGUAGGCCUUACAUACUGUUUUAUAAAUUAAAAUAAAUGGUGCAGUACUUUGGAUUGUUGUUGCUAGCAGCACAAUACAGAAGAGCAUUCUUUCACUUGUUUUAACGUAAAUGCAAGCAAAGCAAGCGAUACGUGUGCAAACGUCACGUUUUCUGGCAUGUCCUCCAUGCGCACGUGCUUGGGCAGAAAGAAUGUCACUCAAGCCAACAUGCUCACAUCUGUGCAGCUUCGCUCGCACAUCGUAUUUUCUGGUCUACGAGUUGCUAAGUCACACCCCACUAUGAACGAGUGUUCAGAAAAAUUUUGGUGUACAAGCCGCACUUAUAUAUUAGUACGGUUGAUGCGGUGAAACUGCAUUGAAAAGCCCGCCUAUGUCUAUGAUGAUCACAACAUAGCAAGCUAGAGCAAGUUUCAAUAUUGUCAUCAAUAAAUCUAAUGAUAAAAAUAUAGCUCCCGCGAAAAAUUUCUGCAAUUAAUGUCCAUACUUGUAAAAAAAAAUGCAUGCAAGUUGCACCGUUGUACAAGACGCAACGACAAAAAUUUGGGAAAACUGCGACUUAUACACCAGAAAAUACGGUAUGAAUGGCUCUACUUGUUUCAUUCAAUUUUAUUGAUGUACAUGACAGUAUCUUGAGCUAGUCCUUUUGUGUACUUCAGUUUGCUACAAUAGCGUGGGUUGUAUAAAGUACUUUUUGGCUUCUCUUUGUAGGUGCAACACUGUGACUAUAUCUUACAAUACAUUUAAAUGAUCGCACUUAACGUGAAGGUAAUCUAAGCUGGCAGGAAGACCUUGAAAUGGAACUUUCUGGGAGUUUCAGAAUGGCAGCUCCCAGGAAGUACCACCCCCUUAGUGAAACGUCUGCUGCCAUUCUGAGGCUGCCAAGAUGUUCCUUUUCAAGAAAAAAAAAGAUUAGUGUGAUUUCAUUCUAGUUGCUAAUUUUGCUGGUGCUUUUGUUGUACAAUAAAAGUAUAAAUGGAAAAUA